AUGCGGGCGGCGGCGGGGCUCGUGCCCGUGGCCCUGGUCCUGGCGGCCGCCUGUCUGCGGGGCGCCCUGCUGCAGACCCCGGGGGCAGCUGAGCCGCGGCGACCCCUCUUCGAGAAGCUCCGGCGCCUGGAAGCCCAGUUCCGAUGGUUUCAGGAGGUCACCCUGACGCGUCUUCAGGAGAUGGCAGAGAACUACAACCUUUCUCACAGUCUGCACACCAAGAUGGACCAGCUGCUGCAGAAGCAGGAGAGCCUGGAGCUGGUGGCCAACGGGUCCCGGGCCUCCAGCCAGGAGGAGCUGCAUCGCUUACAGGCUUGGGUAGAGAAGCUGGAAAGGAGUGGCAAGAAGCAAGCGCUGAGGAUCCGAGCUCUGGAAGAGGCCUGGCAGGAGACGCUGCAACAGCAGCCGAGGCCACAGCAGGAGAGCCGCCUGUCCAACCUCACCCAGGAGUUCAAGAGCCACCGGCAGGACUUCUGGCACAUGGCUGUCCAGCAGCGGAGCCUGCAGAAGGCCUUGGAGAGCCUGCAGGAUGCCCUCCGGAGCCAGGGAAGCAAGCUGGGCAACAUCAAGCGAAGGCUGAAGAGUCUUAAGCAGAAGGAGGUGCUGCCCAGUCCUUGGACUGCAGCCCGUCGCUUCGGUUCAGAGAAAGCACCAGAGGCGGUUGGAGGGCAGAGCCCCACCUCGAAGAAGCUGGGUGCCAGGCAUCGCCAGCAGGGGGGUGACCUGGAAGCCCUGGCCAAGAGCCAAGCGGCACUGCAGAGAGGCUCCCUUCUGAGCCAGGAGGCUUCCCCGCUUCAGGUGGAUCCGGGUCCUGCCUCUUCACCUGAGCAGCAGAUCCUGGAACAACCGCCCCCUGGCCCAGCCAAAGCCCCUGCAGAGGAGAAGCCUCCAGGAAGGCCUCGGAAACCAGGGACAAGGUGCAACGUGGAUGCCAUGCUGGUCUUCCCCAACGCUUCCACCGAGAACUUCGUAGCCUUCCAGCCCGGCCUGCAGACCAGCUUGCUGGAACUGAGCCUCUGCAGCUGGGUGAGGACCAGCGCCCGUUACCUGGGCACCAUCCUGUCGUAUGCCACAGAGGAGAACGACAACAAGCUGGUGCUCCAUGGCAGGGACGCUGCCCCCCGAAACUCCAUCCAUUUUGUGAUUGGCGACCCCGCUUUCCGGGAACUGCCAGUGGGGGCCGUCUUGGACGGCAGGUGGCACCACAUCUGCGUCAUCUGGUCCUCCCUCCAGGGGCGCUACUGGUUCUACCUGGACCGUCGGCUGGCCUCCCUGGGCUCCAGCUUCCAGAAGGGCUAUGAGAUUCCGCCCCAAGGGUCGCUGCUCCUUGGCCAGGAGCAAGACACGCUUGGCGGAGGGUUCGAAUCCUCUGAAUCAUUCGUGGGGCUCCUGGCGGGCUUUGCCAUGUGGGGCCGAGUGCUGCUGCCUGGGGAGGUCUCCAGCAUUGCCCUCGGAGAAGACCUGCCCCACGGGACGGUGCUCACCAUGGCCAACGUCUCCAUGCUCAGUGGUUCUGUGCGGAAGGUAGACUGCCCCUGCCUUGAGCACUGCCUGUGA